UACCAUAUCGUUUUGACUUGGAAGAAGUCCGCUCGAAGCUCAGUCGCCACCCCACCACGACUCCCACUCUCCCUUUCCCCUUUCUCUCUCUCUUAUUAUAGUUGACCGACUUCACUGCCCCACCAAACCCCAAUACCCACUCUCACCCUUAUAUAAACACAACACCCAUCUCUUCUUCUGCACAAUUCACACACACUGUUUCUUUCUUUCUUCCUUCCUUUAUACAGAAACUCAGAACUCUUCUCUCUUGUUCUCCAAGAAACCCCCAUUGAAGAAGAAGAAGAUGGCCUUGGAAGCUCUGAAUUCUCCCACCGCCGCCACCCCUUUCAACUAUGAAGACGAAAUCGACCGCAAGUACACCGAGCCGUGGGCUAAGAGGAAGCGCUCCAAACGACCCCGCGUCGAGAACCCAUCCACCGAGGAAGAGUACCUUGCCCUGUGUCUCAUCAUGCUUGCCCGCAGCGGCUCUGAAACCGCAUCUCAAUCGUCGACACAGCCACCGACCUUGAAGCUCUCGUACAAGUGCACGGUCUGCAACAAAGCCUUCCCUUCCUACCAAGCACUCGGCGGCCACAAGGCCAGCCACCGCAAGUCCUCCUCCGAGAACGCAGCCACCGCCACCGCCACCGCCGCCACCGACAACAGCAACAACCCAUCUACUUCGUCCGGCGCCGCAAGCGGCAGGACCCACGAGUGCACCAUCUGCCACAAGACGUUCCCGACCGGCCAGGCCUUGGGGGGUCACAAGCGCUGCCACUACGACGGUGGGAAUAGCAAUACCAACAGCAGCGUGACCUUCUCGGAGGGUGGUGGCUCGAGCCACAGCCAGAGCCACCGUGGGUUCGACCUGAACCUGCCGGCCUUGCCGGAGUUCUUGUCGGACAAGAAAAUUCAUCGGCUUUCGGUAGUGGAGCAAGAGGUGGAGUCUCCUCUGCCAACAAAGAAGCCCCGUUUGUUCUUGAUGGAUUCUUCGCAAGAGUGAUUUCUAGAUGACCAGCUGAAUCACAAAGCUUUCAAUUAAUUUUUUUUUUUUUUUUUUCUUUCUUUACAAUAGCCAUGAUUGUUUUCGUUUUAGGCUUAAUUUGUUUUGAUGAAUAUUGUUUAUGUACAGUGAAUUUGUUCAUUGUUUGUGGAA